UUGUAGGAGAUUCAAGAUGGUGGCCGACAAUGAAUGCUGAAUGAGAACACAAAAUAUUAUUGUUUUCGCACCCAAGGUCUUUAGAAUUCUCUUAUAAAACAGCUUAAAACGUAACACAGAAACUUAAGGAACAGUACACCACUAAGGACUGUGGUUUAUUGAUUAAAAGUAGCUAAAUAUCUCGUUGAGAGCUGACAAACAUGUCCAUGUCGUACGGUGCUCAAAGACCACCAUUCAAUCCAGCCAUGGGAAGACAGUUCACUCCUGGUAUGUCUCCUUCUUACCAAUCAACCUCUCAGAUGCAGGCUAUGGCUCAAGCUGCAAGAUUUCGACCUCCCUUCCAUCCAAAUACUCCGCAAGCGAUGAACCAGGGAGGUGGUCAGUGGAGCACAAGUGGAGGUCAGAUGGGCUCUUCCUCUUUCGCACAGCCAAGAUUUCCUCAACAAAGAUUCCUAACCCAGGCCACAGAUAUUCGAGUGCCAAAAGCUCCAAAGCCUCCAGAGAAACCAUUGAUGCCAUACAUGAGAUACAGUAGGAAAAUCUGGGACCAGGUAAAGAACCAGAACCCUGAACUGAAAUUAUGGGAAAUAGGAAAAAUAAUUGGACAGAUGUGGAGAGAUCUUGAUGAUGACGAAAAACAGGAAUAUGUGGAUGAAUAUGAGAUUGAAAAGCAAGAUUAUAAUGAGUCAAUGAAAUCCUAUCACAACUCUCCAUCCUAUCAAGAAUGGAUAGCAGCCAAAGGAAGAGCCCAAGCCGCUAUCCAAGCACAGCAGUCUAUGGAGAGAGCCAUGAUGAACUCUAUGACAUUUGGGAAAAUAGAUGACCCAAGGUUUAGUAUCCAGCCUGUUGAUGAGGAAGAUGAUGAUGAAGAGACAUUCUCCAUCAAGCAUGUUGCUUCUGCCAGGUUUCAACGAAAUCACAAGUUAAUGGCGGACGUUUUCAGUGAGGCAGUUGUUCCAGAUGUCAGAACAGUGGUAACAAAGACUCGUCUUGGUGUGCUUAAACGUCAGGUACAGUCUCUCAUCAGUCACCAGAAAAAACUGGAAUCUGAGCUUCAGCAGAUCGAGGAAAAAUUCGAGAGCAAAAAGCGAAAGUUUAUCGACGACAGCGAAAAGUUCAACAAUGCUUUGAAAAAGCUGUGUGAUCCACCCGAAGAGAAAGGUGAUAGAGAUCAACUGCCCGAUGAAGCCUCACCACCUUCCUCUGAAAAAGAAGAAACGAAGCAAGACAAGGAAGCUUCUCCUUCCAACACUGAAACAUCUACUACCUCAAGCUAAAACACCUGCACAAGGAACAAACAUUUAUAGAGGUAUUAUCAGCCAGUGGAGGUCAAACCAACAAGAUAUUGAAGAUCUGUUUACAGAUGACCAUGAUAAGAAAGCUAUUCCCACUUGUCUAAGAUCCCGUCUUCCCACUUGUGCAUAGAUGACGACUACUUCGCCAGCUAGAUAGGUACUGUAGGGCAGCGCUCAUCAGCCAUUCCUUUAUCGAGAAUAGCUGAUAACUGUAACUUUCUAAAGAAAAUAUAUCUCAAAAUUCUCAUCCGUCUUUUUUAUUUGUACAUUCUUUUUCUCAAAUUAAAGAGAUUAUUAAAUCUUGGAUCACUUGCCA